UGUGAUGUGUUCAAUGAUCUCCGAGAAUCUGGGGCUCUCUGUGACGUCACCAUUAAGUGCGACGGACGAGAUUUCCACGUCCACCGCAUCAUCAUGUCCGGGUGUAGCCCGUACUUCCGCGCUCUGUUCAGCAACGAUCUCUCGGAGUCUUUUGAGUCAGAAAUCAUUAUCCCGAACGUUUCUGCAGCCGAUAUGGAGCUGAUCAUUCAGUAUGCUUACAGCCGACAGGUGCACAUCACGGAGGAUAACGUGGAACAUCUCCUCCCGGUGGCUGACCAGUUCCACAUCCUGGGCCUCGUCAAGGCCUGCUCCAAGUUCCUCCUGCACCAUCUGAGCAUCGAGAACUGCCUGGGAAUCUGGCAGUUUGCCAAGGCCUAUUUCUGCACCUACCUGGAGCAUAUGACGCUCAAGUUCAUUCUCAGGAAUUUCGGCGAGAUCUCGGCGGUGAGUAACGAGAUUUUGAUGUUGGCUCCGGAUGAGCUGUUGAGUUUGCUCAAUUCGGACGACCUCAACGUCAGAGAUGAGAGGUUUGCCUAUGAAGCAGCUAUAAGAUGGAUAUCCAUAAAGCCUGACGAAAGGAAGGAAUACAUCGUCGACAUCUUGAAAUCUCUCCGUUUGGGUCUGAUAGGGACAGAGUAUUUCAUGCGUCAUGUAAAGAGCAACGAGUUCGCAGUGGGCAACCCGGACUGUAAACCUAUUAUUAUACAGACUCUGGCGCUGAUGCAUGACUUUGAGAUGACGAACGCUAUGAACCUGGCUAUAGGCAACCCCCUGAUGCGACCUAGACUUCCCCAUGAGGUACUUUGUUCCGACCAAAGCCAUCGAGGUGUACGACUCCUGAGCGACCGUUGGAACCUCAUGGACCCGGAUGUGGAGGACACCUUUGAGGGCUCCCUCUCUACAGCACGAGCGUACCACGGGUCGGUGUAUCUGGGCGGUAAGAUCUACGUGAUCGGCGGCUUUGACGGCACUGAGCAGUUCAGCAGUGUGCGCGUGUUUGACCCCGAGACACUUCACUUUAGGUGUUACGUGAGUGUCGUGGUCUGUGAGGAGCUUAUCUACGCCAUGGGAGGUUAUGACGGCCGUCAUCGUAUGAACACAGCAGAACGCUAUAAUCCCAAGUACAACCAGUGGUCCUUCAUCUCCCCCAUGCACCAACAGAGAAGUGAUGCCUCGGCCGCCACCUUAGAUGGGCACAUCUACGCUACAGGUGGAUUUAACGGCAUAGUUUGCAUGAAUUCUGCAGAACGCUAUGAUCCUGUAAAAAAGACCUGGACGCCCAUAGCUGAGAUGAUGACACCAAGGAGUAACAUUGCAGCAAUAGAUGACCAGAUAUUUGCCAUUGGUGGUUUUAAUGGAAUGACAACAGUGUUCUACAUUGUACGUUGA